AUGUUGAUUUGCGAAGACUUAAGUGACGGAAAGGAAAGGAUUCCCUUAAGAGUUGUGAAUAAUUAUGAUGGAAAAUUGUUUCCGAAAUUUGAGUACAUAACAACUUCCGUGUAUCGAGAUCCCAUUAUGCCCAUUAGUUCAGUAAUUCAUGGACCCUCUUCCAGUAACGACAAUGCUGAUAAUGCAAUAGCCGGGCAAUUCCGUUUUGAGGUAUGGCUUUUUUCUUACUGGGAUGUAAAUAGUUGAAUGACCCAUUAAAUAUCGUUGUAGGUGUACUGUAAAGCCACCGAUUUUUGGGGUGUCCGAGCUCUCGAAGAAAUCCCCAGGGGCCAAUUAGUCGGAGAAUACGUGGGUAACAUUUCGCGGACUCAGCUUCAAACAGAACAUGACAAUUACAUCUUCUCCUUUACCGAUAAAAACGGAGUCAAUUGGGACGUGGAUGCUCACAAAAUGGGUAACUUUACAAGGUUCAUGAACCAUUCUUGUGACCAAAAUGUCGACUCCAAUGUAACCGAGGACACAUUUCCACCCAGAAUCUUGUUUUACAGUAAUCGCCGAAUUAGGAUCAACGAGGAAUUGACUAUCGAUUAUGGGCAUGAGUGGUGGACGGCCAAGGAGGAUCUCAAAUGCAUUUGUAAGAAGGAAUGCUGUAGAUAUAAAGACAGAAAUCAAUUUAUUCUGAUAUCACAAUAUUAGGGUUGUUAAGUCGUCAACUUGAGGCGUCAGUCACGUUGUCAAAUUGUUCCAUCACUUUGACUGUCUAA